AUGUUACCGCCCCUCGCCAAAAACGCCUUGAUGGCACUCCUUGUUUGCGCAGGCACAGUUUUAGGGUCGAGCCUUCGAAGUCGGACACCAUAUGCCGUGAAAGACACGCAUCACGUGCCGAAGAGUUGGAAGGCAGUCGGACCUGCGCCGGCUGAUCAUAUGAUCAGAAUUCAGAUUGGAUUGAAACAGGGUCAAUUCAGUGAACUCGAGAGGCAUCUAUACGAAGUGUCCGAUCCAUCUCAUGAACGAUAUGGUCAACAUCUUUCAUCCGAGGAAGUGGAUGAGCUUGUCAAGCCUACCGAUGAGACUUUUGACCAAGUCCAUGAAUGGCUAGACGACUGUGGUGUUGACAGCAGUCAGCUCGAAUACAGCAGUGCAAAAGAUUGGAUUAAAGUCACGCUUCGAGUCAAAGAUAUUGAAAGAUUGCUUGACACCAAGUACUCCGUUUUUAAGCACAAAGACGGCUCUCACCUGAUCCGGACACCACAAUGGUCCCUUCCUAUUCAUCUCCACGGGCACAUUGACACGAUUCAACCAACCAACUCAUUCUUCCAACCCAAACCGAAGAGAUCCACUCUCAAGACUGCGGAAGUGGCUGGCUUGGAACAGUAUUUAAGCGGUGAUCCUGUCAGUCCUGUAAGCAAGGCUACCGUCGCUGAAGCAUGCAAUAUCACUGCCGUAACACCAACGUGUCUUCGAACUCUUUAUGGAACUAUAGACUAUGUCCCCAAAUCUCUGGACAAGAAUCAAAUCGUUCUCUGCAACUAUCUAGGAGAAGCAAAUAAUCGAUCAGAUGUGAAUAUUUUCUUGUCGAGAUUUAGACCAGAUGCAGCAGGAGCAGGCAACAACUUCACUGUUACUACUAUAGAUGGAGGAAAUGAUCAACAAACCCCGCUCAACUCCUCAGGACUAGCUGCUAAAACAGACCUCGAAGGCAACCUGGACGCCGAGACUAUCAUUGGAAUCACAUAUCCUACAAAAUUAUUUACAUUUAACACUGGCGGAAAACCCCCGUUCAUUCCGGACCAUGCAACACCAACAGACACCAACGAGCCGUAUCUCACCUGGGUACAAUUCAUCUUGAGCCAAACAACUAUUCCCCAGGUCAUCAGCACAUCUUAUGGCGAUGAUGAGCAGAGUAUUCCAUUAUCCUUUGCAACAUCCGUCUGCAACAGCUUUGCUCAAUUAGGAGCUCGAGGAGUGACCCUCAUCUUCUCAAGUGGUGACAGUGGCGUAGGCGGCGAUACUAACUGCGUCACAAACGAUGGUAAAAACACAAGCACAUUUCUUCCUGCGUUCCCAGCAGCAUGUCCUUUCGUUACCACAGUGGGAGCAACCAAGAACGUCAACCCCGAGAUUGUGGCCGUCGACGCCGGCAACGGUUUCGUCAGCGGUGGUGGCUUCAGCAACUACUUUCCUCGACCUGCCUACCAAGACAAAGUGGUACCAGCAUACAUCACCAGCCUCAAGGGGCAAUUCAAGAACCUCUUCAACGCAUCUGGACGCGGAUAUCCAGAUAUCGCGGCGCAAGGAUUUCACUUCCUCGUCGUCUGGAAUGGAACCCUCGUCUCUCUUGAUGGAACAAGUGCAUCAGCACCAACUAUCGCCUCCGUCAUAGCACUGGUCAAUGAUAUGCUCCUCGCAGCCGGCAAGCCAGUCCUCGGCUUCCUCAAUCCAUGGCUCUACUCAGGUGGAUCAGCAUCAUUCACAGAUAUCACGAGUGGAUCUGCAAGUGGCUGUGGAACUACGGGCUUCCCAGCUCAAGCUGGCUGGGACGCAGUCACUGGUUUUGGAACUCCUUUCUUCCCCAAAUUUCAAGCCGCAGCGAUGAACAACGGCAUCUUUCGGUAG